UUACACCAGGUUCGCCAACUGUCCCGCACUUAAAUCGGAAGAGAGACAAUUUUGAUUUUUAAAAAACUCUGAAGUUUCAAAUGUAUUUUUUCUUUUUAAAUUUAAUUUUACAAGAAAUUUCGCUUUGAACUAGGUACUGUCUUAGCAGCCAUCCCAGCAAACCAUGCCAUGUGCUCCGAUUCAAGGGGAUCACCAUCAUGCUAGAUUGUGGCCUCUCAGCACAAACAGUUUUGAGUUUCUUACCUUUACCGCUAGUACCAUCUGCUCGGUUAAGUGGCUUACCCAACUGGAUGCCUCGAGACUGCAACAAUUCCCAACUAGAGGGUGAACUCAAAGACUGCUGUGGUCGUGUUUUCAUCGACUCUGCUCCAGAAUUCUGUGUUCCUCAAGAAAAAAUAGUUGACUUUUCAGAGAUUGACGUAAUUCUUAUAUCUAAUUACCUCUGUAUGAUGGCGUUACCUUUUAUAACAGAGGGAACUGGAUUUGAAGGUGUUGUGUAUGCAACAGAACCAACUCUUCACAUUGGACGAUUUUUUUUGGAGGAACUGGUUCAGUACAUUGAGCAAACACCCAAGGCCUCAUUAGCAUCGCACUGGAAAGACAUUUUGCAUUUUUUGCCUCCACCAUUGUGUGAUUCAUUAAAGCCUCGAUCAUGGCGCCACCUUUAUUCACUUUCUUCUGUAAAUAGCAGUCUCUCUCGAAUCCAAAUGGUUGGAUAUGAUGAAAAGCUUGAUGUAUAUGGUGCUUUGAAAGUAACACCAAUUAGUUCUGGUUUCUGCUUGGGAAGCAGUAACUGGAUUAUAAGCUCAGAUCAUGAAAAAGUAGCAUACAUAAGUGGUUCUUCUACACUAACAACCCAUCCAAGACCAAUGGAUCAGUCAGCUUUAAAAAAUGCAGAUGUCUUAAUUAUGACUGGUUUAACUCAGACCCCUUUGUGUAAUCCAGAUUCCAUGCUAGGGGAAUUGUGCAUCACUGUUUCUACAACACUUCGAGCUGGGGGCUGUGUACUGAUGCCUUGCUAUCCCUCUGGUGUGAUUUAUGACCUCUUUGAGUGUCUCUCACAGCACCUUGAAAAUUUAGGAUUGACUCAAGUUCCAAUGUAUUUUAUUUCGCCUGUUGCUGACACCUCCCUAGGUUAUUCCAACAUUUUAGCCGAGUGGCUGUCCCAAGGUAAACAAAGCAAAGUGUACUUGCCAGAGGAGCCUUUCCCUCAUGCUUUCUUAAUAAAGAAUGGGCGCCUAAAACACUAUAAAAACAUCUAUGCUGAAGGCUUCAGCACUGAAUAUAGACAGCCUUGUGUAGUGUUUUGUGGCCAUCCAAGCCUAAGAUUUGGUGAUUCUGUUCAUUUUAUGGAAUUAUGGGGAUCCAAUCCACAACAUGCUGUUGUAUUCACAGAACCAGAUUUUCCGUACCUUGAAGCUUUGGCCCCCUUCCAACCCCUUGCAAUGAAAGCAAUGCACUGUCCAAUCGACACCUCCUUAAAUUUUACUCAAGGUAACAAGCUUGUGAGAGAUUUGAAGCCCACAACUUUAGUUAUUCCUGAGUCGUACUUGAAGCCUCCUGUUGAAGCACCCAAUCGGACCGAUUUGACUAUAGAGCAGACUGACAGGAACAUUAUCUCAUUCAAAGGAGGAGAUGUAUUAACUCUUCCAUUGAAAAGAAAGCGUGCUAAAGUAAAUUUAAGUCCUGAUGUUUGCAAUAAGCUAGUUGUCAGUGAAGUGCGUUUGGGAGUAAAUCUUGCAACGCUCACAGGACAGCUUCAUGUUAAGGAUAAUCAUCAUUCUAUUCAAGUUUUGGAUCAAACAGUAACAGGCAGUAACAGUGCUACCAGGAAGCUUCCUCGUAGGCCCGAGGAAACACUCUCACAAAUGCGAUAUGAAUGGGGUUCUCUUGACCUUGAUACAUUUAUUCAAAGACUGCGCGAAGAUGAGGGUAUCUCUGAUGCCAAAGUUGAACAGAGUUCAAGUGGAUACAUCAUCCAUUUGCCUAAAGAAGAUGCACUCAUUCAGGUAGAAGAUAAGUCCACUCACAUGUAUUGUGAUCCCCAGCUUAGGCAUCGUUUGCGCAAAGUGUUGCUUCAAUGUUUAAAUAAGAUAUAAAAUAGUUGGGCAAAUAAUUCUUUAUAAAAAAAUCAAUUUUAUUAAAUAAACUUUAUUAAUUUCUUCUUAUAAAAACAACUUAAAAGAAUUAAUUGUACCUUAUUUCACUGAAUAGUAUGGUUUACAAAGAAUGAAUAUGUAGAGGCUGUAAGCUAGGUGGAUGUGAGCCAGACAUUGCAAAAGCCAGAAAACUCCAUCACAAUGGUACAUACGUAAAAUAUGACACCUAAUUAGCUUCAAAUACUGUUUGCAAAGAGAUGUUCAAUCAUGUGAGGCUCAAUAAAGCACACAGCAAGACAUUGGUAAUCACAUAAUGCCCCUUCCAAAUGAAUCUAUUGUCUCUUAAAACAGCAACACUUGUAUGAAAAGAAAGUAAAAAUCUAGUACCCUCAUUUUUCCUGGAAAUGAUAGAUUCAGAUACUAAACAAACUGAAGUUGAACACUCAAACCGACUGAAU